CGCGCUGGAAUCACGGCCAAAACGAUCAAAAUCCCCCCACUCGCUCUCGCCCGGACUCCCCCACCCCACACGGGGCCGAAGGCGCGGAGUCCGCUCGCACCCCCACACGCACAGGAGCGCUGAUGAGUCCUGCGCUUGCCGCCCGCCCGCGUCGCGCCCCACCCGCCAUUCCGCCGCGCACAUCGCAGCGCCUAUAAGACAACCCGCGCUGUCGCGCUCCCUUUGCCACCAGCCACUAAGGACGACGUCGCAGCUUCCACGCCUCCUUGCGGGUUUUUUAUCCAUCCAAGCACAGCGAGAAAGCGGAGACGACCACCACCUUUGCGCGAGUUGCGCUCGAUCUCGUUCUAGCUAGCUAGCUCCAACAGGCAACAGCAGUCGUCAGUCUCAGUGGUAUGCUGACGAGGCGGCACGGAGGGUUCCGGCUCGGCCGGAAGCUGCUCAGCGCCUGGCGAUGGGCGCUCUGCCACCGCCGGCGCCGCCGCGGCCGCGGGUACCUCCGCCUGCAGCAGCCGUGGCAACAAGGAGGACGAGGCAGCAGCAAAUCCCCGUCGACAUCCCCGCUGCCGGAUGAAGCAGCGGUGCGCGCCAAGCAGCAGCUCGUGGUGCAGCAGCAGCAGCAGCGCGAUGAGUCUGGUGGCUCGCCGCGGAUGCUGACGUGGGGGCGGUCGCUGGCGCGGCGGAUGAGGCUCCUGCGGCGGCGUGCGGGAGGGGGGAAGGACCACCACCGCCACCGGCUGCUGGAGGACAACGCCGCGGCGGAGGCCACGACGCCCAAGGGGCAGGUGGCCGUGUACGUGGGCGGCGCCGAGCCCGGCGGGGAGUCGAUGCGGUACGUGGUCCCCGUGGUGUACUUCAACCACCCGCUGUUCGGGGAGCUGCUGCGCGAGGCCGAGGAGGAGUUCGGCUUCCAGCACCCCGGCGGGAUCACCAUCCCGUGCGCCGCCUCGCGCUUCGAGCGCGCAGCCGCCGUGGCCGCCGGGAAGAAGCAGGUGCCUGCUGGUGCUGGAUGGUGGUAGCAGCACGUGGCCACACGGUGGCCGGUGUACAUACACACAUGCAUGCCUCUCAGGCUCUCACCCUCAGCUUCAGCCUCAGGCAGGAGGAUCCCGAUUCCCAUGGGGACAGAUCCUUCUUCUUUUUUUUUUUCUCUCUCUCUCUCUUCCUCAUUAGUUUGACUUUUUUUUGUGCCCCCCGUUUCCUUGUGUGGAUUGAGCAUGUGCAUGGGAUGCGAGGAGGAUGCAUAGUUGUAGUUUGAGAAAUGAACAAGGCUGUUUAAUUUUAGGGUCAGCAAAGACAUGUUCCGAUUCUGAUUCCCCCAACUUGCAAGUCCAUGUUAGAAAGCAUCAAAUAUGUACGUCAGGUGUGUUCUGAUUCUCUUUGCAACUAACCCAUCGAUCCAGCUCUAUUUUUUUUAAA